AUGGCUCUUGCUUCGGUCCUUGAGCUCUCCCUGGUCGGCCGGCCGUUGCAGGUGACUGAGCUAAGCCACCUCCAGGGGCAGCAGAGCGAGCGGAGAGCCCUGGGCUUUACAGAGGCGCCGCAGGCGCUUCCCUCUCCGGGAGCGCACUGGCCCCCGCGCUCCGCCGUCCUGCGCGAGCUGCGCCUCCAGCUCCGCAACGCUUCAACUGUUGUUACAACGCCAGCCCGACUCCAAGACAGCGAAGCCAUGUUCCUUCUUCUGGUCCUUCUCACCCGACUUGGAGAGCUGCACGCAGAUCCCGGUCCUCAUAAAACAUUUCUGCAGACCACAGUUCCAGAGAAGUUCUCAUCAUUUGGUACAAAAGGAAAUCCAGAAAAUAAUAUUGCUUAUAUCAUUACAAUAAAAGGAAAGCCAUAUUUUGUCCAUCUCACAAAACAAUUAUUUUUAUCUUCAGUUUCUAUUGUUUACUUUUAUGACAACGAUGACAUCCAACAUUCUCAGCCUUUGUUAGCGCAGGUGGAUUGCAGUUAUCAUGGAUAUGUUGCAGGUUUUCCACAUUCUCUUGUGUCACUCCAUACUUGUUCAGGACUCAGGGGAACAUUACAGCUUAAAAACAUCUCAUACGGAAUUGAACCAAUGGAGGCUGUAUCAGGAUUUGUGCACAUGAUUUAUGAAGAAAAAUAUGACAUUGUUGUACCUCUCUUAGGAGAAACUAAGACUUACAGCUAUAAUAACAUAUAUUAUCAUAUCAGGAAAAGUUCAGAAAGAACUGAAUUUUUCAAGUUACAUCCUCAAUAUCUUGAAAUAUAUAUUGUUGUGGAUAAAAUUCUGUUUGAUUACAUGGGCUCUGAUGUAAAGGCUGUAACACGGAAGAUUAUUCAGAUAAUUGGUUUUGUUAACACCAUGUUUUCCCAGUUAAAACUGACUGUUGUAAUAUCUUCCAUAGAAAUCUGGUCAAAUAAAAACAAAAUUUCUACUACAGGGAAUCCGAACAAUAUAUUAUCUAGAUUUUUAGAAUGGAAAUACAAACAUAUCUUCCGACCUCAUCAGGUUGCAUACUUAUUUGCCUUCAAGAAACAUCCUAGUUUUUUAGGAGCCACAUUUCCUGGAAAAAUAUGUAAUAAAAAUUUUGCAGUAGGAGUUGCUCUGUAUCCAGAGGGUUUAUCCUUGGAGUCAUACACUACCAGCAUCGUGCAGUUGCUUGGCUUUAAUCUGGGAUUGAGUUACGAUGAUCCUGACACUUGCUAUUGUUCAGGAGAUGUUUGCACAAUGUCACCUAAAGCAGUGCAGUCUGGGGGUGUAAAGGAGUUUAGCACCUGUAGUUUGGAUGACUUUAAAUACUUAGCUUCACAAUCUGGCUUUGAAUGUCUUCAGAAAAUCCUUCCUGAAAUGCCAGUUUAUAAAGAAGCACAAAGGAAAGUAUGCGGCAAUGGAAAAUUGGAACAUGGUGAAGAGUGUGAUUGUGGCAUUAUAGAGAAUUGUACACAUAAAGACUGCUGUGACGCUAGAAUAUGUCUAAUGAAAAAGGGUAAACAAUGUGGUUCUGGGGAAUGCUGUACACUAGAUUGCAAGCUAAAACCAGUUGGUAUACAGUGUAGGAAAUCUUUGGACGAAUGCGAUUUCCCUGAGUAUUGCAAUGGGGUUUCCUCACACUGUGUGCCUGACACUUAUGCACGUGAUGGACAAAGUUGUGAUUCGGGUGAUGCCUACUGUUUUGGAGGACGAUGUCGGAUACAUAACAAACAGUGUAAAGAUUUGAUUGGAGGAGCUUCUAGAGGUGGUCCAUUUGCUUGUUAUGAUGAAGUAAAUACAAGAGGAGAUAGAUAUGGAAACUGUGGCCGAGAUUUUUGCAGUUAUCCUAAUCUUCUAUGUGGAAAAUUAGUUUGUGCCUGGCCACACAAAACAUUAAUAUCACGUGCAAAUUUAUCUGUGAUUUAUACACAUGUCCAAGACGAAAUAUGUGUAUCUACAUUUCGACCCAAUGAAAAGUUACCUAAAAAUUCAUGGACAACAUAUGAAAAUCCUGAAGAUAGAGAUGAUACAUUUGUACAAGAUGGCACUGUGUGUGGUCCUGAGAUGUAUUGUGUCAAAUUUGUGUGUGUAAAAGUUCAACACCAGAUAACAGAUGAGGAGUGCAACUCUACUUAUUGCAAUAGCCACGGAGUUUGCAACAAUUUAAAUCAUUGCCAGUGUGAAAAGGGGUUUGAUCCUCCUACAUGCCUGCAGAAGAAGGGAGAAUUUGGAAGUAUUGAUGAUGGGCACAAGGCUCCAUCUGGAAAAAGCUACUUGAGCGAACAAAAUACCACUCCUUCAAAACACCGAUUAGUACUCAUUUUCUACAUUUCUCUACCUGUGCUUAUCAUCACUGCCACUGUUUUAAUAAAACAGAAUAAAAUAAGGGAGCUGUGCUACAGAGAGGAAACUGAAAGUGAGAGAUCUGUGCCAGAAGAAAGCAGCAGUAACAGCAGGUUAUCCCCCAGUGUAAGCAACAGUCUCUAACAACUUUGGCCUGGAAGAAGGAUAUUGCCAAAUAAAUCAUCAGAAACUGACCUAAACCAUGAAGGGAAAGAUAAUUUCACCCUCAUCUCUGUUGUUACUGCUGAGGGUUCAAAAUAUGAAAUAAUAAAUCAUCUGCACUUGAA